AUGCGUCGCGUGACACCAUCGAAACUUGUGCAGGUGAGAGGCGUACUGCUGGCCCGGCUGCAGCACAACAGCAACAGCAAUAGCAGCAGCAGUGGCGGCGGUGUGGAGCUGCCGGACCCGCCGUACGCAUUGCCCGCCUCGCCCCGCUUUGCCACGGAGCGGAGUGGCGGCUUCGACAAGAAGUGGCUGCAGCAGCUGCCCGCGUACAAGCCGCUGGUCCGCAACGGCGUGUACUUACCCAGCAAGGAGGACCUCUGGAAGGCACCAGCACACGAGGGGCUGGAGAUAGUCAUGGAGCACCUCCCUUACCACGAUGCACUUCGCUACAUCAUGGAGCACAACUACUUUUUCCUGUUCGAGACUCUUCUCAAGGCCGGAGACGCGCCGCUGCCACACGUGAUGUACGAAGACUUCAUGAAGUGCCGCACAUUCGCGUCACUACAGAACCCACCGGAAGAGCAGUUCGCGCUGCCGCCCACGCUCUUGCGGGCGCUGCUAUGCAUGGCGGCGUACCAGACCAUUCUUGAUCCUCACUACUUCACCACGUGCCGUAUUUUCUUCCAGCGACUAGAGCAGCAGCAGACAAUGACGCCUGAGGUCUUGUCGGCGUGGGUGUACUGCUGCACCACCAGCGGAAAGGUCGAUGACGCCCUGACGUAUGCGAGACACAUGGCGGAGCACGAGGUCCCCUUUGACGAGACCGUCUUUUCACUCAUGCAACACCCCUCAGUAAACCCGGUGGCUGCACAGCACCGUGCGGUACCGCACUCAGCGAAGGGCCUGCUACUGCAGCGUCGUCUGAGCGGGCGCCUGCAGACGGUGUAUCGCAGCGACAGCGUGGCAGCGCACGGCAUGUUUGUCUUCUACGCCCUGACGUUGAGCCACGUAAAGAAGUGGGAGGUGGUGCGUGCGGCAGCCUCACUUGGCAUUACACUGCCGGAGCGGACACUCUCUCUAGCCGUUGAGGUGUAUGCGCGGGAGAAGGGCCUUCGCUGCGGCCCAAAGACGGUGAAGGCACUCGCCAUGUUUUUGGCACGUGAGGGCGCGGCGGGGCAGCUGCUGUACGUGCUGCUCCGUGCCCGGAAGAACGAACUCCUGCCGGAGUUUCAGGGGUUGCCGCAGACAGUCUUCGGCGAAGAGGAGAAGAUGGCGAUCCUGCAGUGCGUGGAGCGUCGGGCGCAGCACGACAACGGCUUUCGUGCGGCCACUCCGCUCGUCCGCGCAUUGGUGCGGGAGGACGACCCGCGUACACUUUUCCGCGCCCUUGCUCGCACAGCUCGGGAGAGCAACAACAGCAGCACCAGUGGCUGUGAUGGCGGUGUCACAGCAGAUGCCGAGCAGAGCUUGAGCGCUGUUGUGGUGUCCGUGCAGAGCCUACUGCGCGACGUGGACGCGUUGGACAAGGCGAGUCGAGGCUCAACCUCCCGUGGGCACCAAACGGACGAGGAGAGGGAGGGGGUGGAAGUGGUGUUGCCCCGUGGCGAAGAGGGGGGUGUUGCGGGACCGCAGGAGCUGGAGGAGCGUGACAUGCCGGCCGGUGUGCGCGAGCUCGUGAGGCUGCACCUGGCGGAGGCGGAGGGGCGGGCCACCAGAGCUGCGCGACUGCCUGCGGCGUGGGUGAAUCCUGACGCUGCGCUGUAA